AUCAAUCAAUAUAAGAUGGGAGACAUUGAAUCAUUCUUUAGUGAUAGAGUGUCAAAGGAUGAUCCAGAGGCAAUCUUUCAAAUUGUAGAGGUUGUUGGUUGUGGCAGCUUUGGAACUGUGUGCGCAUGUAGGUGGAUGAAGAAAAAGGACAGAGAAUUGAAUGGCAACAAAUUGAUCGCCUGCAAGUUUGUAGAGGUUGCUGCCGAAGAUGUGGAGACCAACACCAACCUGGCCAAGGAGAUCGACAUCCUCAAGCAAUCAAUCGACUGUCCGUUCAUCGUUGAAUACAAGGGCUGCUAUCUAAAGGGUAACAUGUUGCUGAUCGUCAUGGAGUACUGCAAGGGUGGCUCCAUAUUGGACAUCAUAGAGCUGUGCCAGAAGCGAUUGACAGAGGACGAGAUUGCCGCUGUGUGUGCUGGCGUUGUCAAGGGCCUGGUCUACCUGCACUCCAAGCGCACGACACAUCGCGAUAUCAAGGCUGGCAACAUCAUGUUGGACGAGGACGGUCUGCCCAAGCUGGGCGACUUUGGCGUAUCGACCAUCGCUGAACAGGGUCAGAAGAUGAAGACUGUCAUUGGCUCGCCCUACUGGCUGGCGCCAGAGAUUGUGAUGGGUCAGGGCUACGAUCAGAAGGCCGACAUCUGGUCGCUUGGCAUCACCGCCAUUGAGAUCGCCGAGACUGUUCCGCCUCGUUUCGAAGUGCCGCCCUCACGAGUGAUCUUUAUGAUCCCGCACGAGGACCCGCCCGAGCUGAGGAUCAAGUCGGAUUGGACGCCCGAGUUCCACGACUUUGUCAAGGUGUGUCUGGCCAAGAACCCGGCGGAUCGUCCCUCUGCGCAGGAAUUGCUCAGCCAUCCAUUCAUCCUCAAGGGAUCAUCACAGCAGAUUCUACAGAGUCUGGUGACAGAGUGCAUACCAUUGUUAAAGCAGAAGCGUGAUGAGAAGAUCAAACAGAUGGAGGCGGAUCAGGCAGAGACAGACCAGUCAGAGUUGGACCAAGAGCAGCAGGAUCAGCAGGCACAAGAACAGGAACAACUGGAGCAGCCAUUACCAACAAGAUUGGAAUCACUCAAGGGUACAGUGGUCGUACUCAAUACAAAUACCAAUACAGCUACAAUGUUGAGGAAGAAUCAACAACAACAACAAAACAAGAGACCAGUAUCAACAAGGAUAACACAACAACAACGCGAGAUAUCAAACAAUAGACCAUUGUCUACAAAGGUUGUACCUACACCAACAGCCACAAGAGGUACAAUAAGUAUUGGUACACAAAAGAUACCACAACAACAACAACCAGUAGUGGCAGUAGCUGCUGUUACAACACAACAACAAGUACAUCAACUACAACAAUCAGAUGUAAAUAGAGUACUAGAGGAUGAAGAGGAUCCAUAUGAUGAUGCAGAGUAUGAUGAAUAUGAGGAAGAGUUCAAUCAAGAGGACUAUGAAGUGUUCGAA